AUGACAAGACAUAUUAUUGAUGGUGGUUCAUGGAUAGGCAAGAAUGGUUUAAGGAAAACCCAUGGAAAAGCUAUUGCAGAAUACAUGCAACAAAACUCUGAUGGGAAAUUCCAUGAAACUUUGCUCAGUGGGUCCAGAGAAUUUGCAGACAACAAUAGUACAGAUUUGACCCCUGGAAGAAUAUUAAAAGACAAUACAUUUGCUCUAUUUAGGCAAAGCAAUGGACAUAUCAUCAUUGGAAUGGUGCUUUUUUCUAAAGUAUACCAUUUGUAUAUCGAAUAUCCAUCUGCACAUGCUGUUAACAACAAUUAUCAUCUAGCACUCAAAUAUGCUGAUGAUAUAUACACACCACUAGAUAAAUUGAAGGUUGUUUGUCUAUUAGACAUGCAUCUGAAAGUUGGCUGUAAAUAUGUUGUUAAUCUCAACAAAUUUGGUUCAUACUGGUCCUUCCUUUAUUCCUUUUAUUAA